CAUAUAACGGUGGAAACGAAGUGAGCUAUUUUUGUGGUUUAGUGAGCAGAUCUAGAUGCUUUCGUAGGGGCAAGAGAUAAGAGCAGAAAAGGAGAACAUGUGUGUGGCGGGAAAUUGCGAGGUAUAUGCAUACCUACUGACGGAAACAUAAAACGAUAUCCUUGUCACCACCCCACGCCGUCUCUACUCGCUUCCCUGACUUGAUAUGUUAGUAUAUUUCCCCAAGGUGACAACAUAAAAUUGCUUGAGCUCUUAUCGUUUCUCUUGCGUAUACAGUACUCUGUACCAAUCGAUUUUUCUGUCAGCUAUACGAAGGGGUACAACUACAUCUCAAAAUGGCAUCGACACGGGAGUUUUCUCUUAAAGACAUUGAAGGUCACAACACAAAAAGUGACCUUUGGGUCGCCAUUCAUGGCAAAGUCUAUGACAUUACGAAGUACAUCCAAGACCAUCCUGGAGGACAAGACCUCCUCAUCGACGUCGGCGGAACGGACGCAACGGGAGCCUUCGAAGACGUCGGACACUCAGAGGAUGCCAGUGAGAUCCUCGAACAAUACUUGAUUGGCACCUUAAAGGAUUCCCAGGAGGUUGUUCGCCCGAAAGCUGUCCGUGUGAUUCCACAAAGCGCACCUCUCCCAACAACCAAAUCCUCCAUGUUGGGAAAUAUUGCCAUUAUCACCUCUCUUGGUGGUUUGGCAUCACUGCUGUUUUUCUCCCGAAGCUACAUCGACCUUCCCGACAAACUCGCCCGACUUCCCAAGGUGUGGCUUAAGGAUCUGCCAGAGAUCCAACUUCCACGCGGAGGGUUCUCGAACGGCUUCAUCAGCGCUACAGCUUUAUGUGCAGCUGCCGGAGGAAUGAUAGGAGUCCAGCUGUCGAAGGUCCUUCAUAUCGAGGCUGGUUUCGAAAGAUACCCUCCACAUGUUAAAAGUCGCAAGAUCGCUAAGCUCAACCCCAAUCUUGCGAGAGGUUUCCUCGAACCCAAGGAAUACAAAAGUCUUCCUCUAAUUAAGAAGGACAAGCUAUCGCCGAAUGUUUUCCGCUUUGUCUUCCAACUACCCAACCCAACGGACGUAAUUGGCAUUCCUAUCGGCCAGCACGUUGCCAUCAAAGCUACUAUCAAUGGGGCAGCUGUCUCUCGUUCUUACACCCCGACGUCGAACAAUACCGACUUAGGCAAGCUUGAGCUAGUCAUCAAGUGCUACCCAGAUGGCGUUCUCACGGGCCAUUAUCUCGCAAAUCUGGAGGUUGGCGACAAGGUCCUAUUUCGAGGCCCGAAGGGUGCGAUGAAGUAUCAUUCUGGCCUCUGCAAACAAAUAGGAAUGAUCGCCGGAGGUACUGGAAUUACACCAAUGUAUCAACUUAUUCGGGCGAUCUGUGAGGAUGAGACCGACCUAACACAAGUAAGUCUGAUCUAUGCCAACCGGUCUGAAGAGGAUAUCCUCCUAAGGAAAGAGUUGGAAUUCUUCGCUCGCCACUACCCGAGGAACUUCAAGAUUUGGUACAUGUUGGACAACCCCCCUCAGAAAUGGGCCUAUGGAAAAGGAUUUGUUACGGCUGAUGUGAUGGCGGCUAAAUUACCCAAACCAUCUAUGGAUACCAAAAUCAUGCUGUGCGGACCUCCGGGGAUGGUAAAUGCUUCGAAGAAAGCAUUGAUAAACAUGGGUUUCCAAGCCCCAGGGAGUGUGUCAAAAAUGAGCGAUCAAAUUUUCUGCUUCUAGAGUUGCAUGCAAUGUGUUUUGGAACUUGUUGAGUGCUUCGGUUGUUGUCACCUUUUUUUCAACUUUGGACUUUGAUAGAAUUAGAAUAGACUCAACUACUACUGGU